AUGGCUGCUGCUCUGCCACUCUCGGAAUUUAUACGUGCAUAUCCCGAGCAUAAUAGACAAUCUCAGUAUACUCGAUAUCAUGAGCUAGUUGAACGGUUUCGAUUGACAUACAACAGAGAACCCAAGUUCAUUGCCCGUGCACCAGGGAGAGUGAAUUUGAUCGGGGAGCACAUCGAUUACGUUGGGUUUGGUGUAUUGCCAAUGGCUAUUAGUGGGGAUAUAUUGAUCGCCGUUUCAGUAGACGACGACUCAUCCACUGUGAGAAUAAAGAACGUUGAUGAUUCAAAGUACAAAUCCAGAGAAUGGCAAUAUGAAGGAGAUGAACAGAUUGUAACGAUUACGAAUGAUGAAGGAUCCGUCGAGUGGAGCAAUUAUUUUAAAUGUGGAUACAAGGGUAUAAUACAACACUUUAAGUUAUCUCGUCCGAAAGGCUUACAUUGUUUGGUCGACGGGAAUGUGCCACCUGGAGCAGGCCUAUCCAGUUCGUCUGCAUUCGUUUGUUGUGCUGCUAUAGCCGUAUCAUACGCGAACAAUAUAGAGACAGACAAGACUACUAUGGCAAAAAUUGCGAUCGAGUGUGAAAGAUAUAUUGGAGUCAAUGGUGGUGGGAUGGAUCAAACUACUUCAAUCUUUGCAGCAACGAAUCAAGCUUUAUACAUUUCAUUUCGACCUACUCUCCGCCCAACGCUGAUCAAGUUGCCAUCACUCUCACCCCCGUUGACUUUUGUAGUCUCUAAUUCCUUAGUCACAUCUAACAAGGCGGCAACAGCACAGACUAACUACAAUUUACGAGUGGUCGAGACUAAAUUGGCAGCCUACUAUCUCGGGACAGUGAUAAUGCAAAAGGACUGCGACACGCUUUGGGACGUUGCCAGUCAAUAUGUGAAUGGAAAGGAAAUCGACAGUAAGAGUUUGAGGAAAUUGGCGGGGGUUGUUGAAGAAAAAAUUGGGAACAAGGAACGCGGUUACGGUAUCGUUGAAUUGACCGAGUUGUUGUCCUUAACCACCAAACAAGUGACCGAGAGGUUUUUGACUAAAUUCCCUGUUAGAACCGAAAAUUUUCAUCUAUAUAAAAGGGCCAAACACGUGUUUGAGGAAGCGGCGAGAGUAUUAGAGUUUUAUUCUCUAUGUCAGACGCACAACGAUGAAAGUAUGGCAGGUCACAUCAAAGCUGAUCAAGUGUAUUCUGAACUCGGGCAAUUGAUGAAUAGUAGUCAUGACAGUUGUCGUGACUUGUACGACUGCUCGUGCGUCGAAGUGGAUGAGCUCGUAAGAGUAUGUUUAGAGUGUGGGGCGAAAGGGAGCCGGUUGACUGGAGCUGGAUGGGGAGGCUGCGUAGUAUCCGUUAUUCCCGGGAAUGAGUCGGAAGAAUUUAUAUCCAAAGUGACUGAAAAAUAUUACAACGUUAGAUUUCCCGAUUUACCUAAAGAGCGAUUGUCAGAAGUUAUUUUCGAGACUCUUCCUGGUGCCGGAGCUGCUAUUAUAACUAGUUUGCGGUAA